AAAACCAAAUUUCUUAAAAUGAAUUUUAUAAUCCAAAGGAAUAAUUAGUUUUUAUUUUUAUUAGGUUUCAUAUAAGGAUGAUACUGUGUGUAGACCCCGCCGGAUCACAUUAUGGUUGCAUAAUGAUCAUUACGAUGUGAUAAAGAAUCUCCCUGGUUUUUAUGCCUCCUCUUUCUAUUGUGAGAAGUGCGACAAGCCGUACAGUCACAGAGAAGAACAUAAAUGUCCUAAUUCUUGUUGGAUAUGCAGAAGAGAAGAAUGUCCACAAGAUAACACUAAGAAAAGGUGUCCGGAUUGUAAUCGCCUGUGCCAAUCAACAAAUUGUUUUGAUGCCCAUAAGAGUAAAACUGGAAAUCAACAAUUAUCUCUGUGUGACAAAGUAAGUUUAUGCCUUUUUUUUCCUUUCUAUUUUUUGUAAUUAUUACUGUUUGCGUACUACGAUAUAGUUAUAAUUGUUCUGUUGGUAUAGUUUUUUUUUAAAUUACAUUUUAUUUCAUAAGAUAUUUUUUUUCAUGCUUUCAGAUUUAUCAGUGUGGUACUUGUCAUAAAGUGAUACAAAGACGAACACAACUUAUUUCUUCUCACAAGUGUUACACCACUAAAUGUCCCUCAUGUAAACAGUUUGUGAGUGCUGAACAACAUAGGUGUUUCUUGAAAAAAAUUGAUCCAAAGCCCCCAUCUGAAAAAUUAAUCUUCUUCGACUUCGAGACGGAUCAAUCUACUGGAGAACAUAUUGUGAAUUUAGCAGUAGCCCAAACAGCAGAUGGCACAGAAUUUGUUUUCAAAGGAUAUACAGCCUGUCACGAUUUUUGCUCUUGGUUGUUUGAUGUAAAACAUAAAGGUUAUACUGCUAUAGCUCAUAACAUGAAAGCGUUCGAUGGACAGUUUAUUUUAGCCUGGCUUAUUGAGCAAGGAACUAGACCAGUGAUUAUCCCAAAUGGCUCAUUAAUCAUGAUGAUUCACCACAAUGCACUUCAUUUACGUGUCAUAGAUUCCAUAAAUUUCAUGCCGAUGCCUCUGGCAAAACUGCCAUCAACUUUUGGAUUAGACGAACUGAAAAAAGGGUAUUUUCCUCAUUUGUUCAAUACCGUUGGAAAUCAAUCUUAUGUAGGACCUGUACCUGACAAACAGUUCUAUUCUCCGGACUCCAUGAGCAGUUCUGCUCGUGCUGAAUUCAACCAAUGGUAUAAUCAGGAAAAGGAUAAAGUGUUUAACUUUGAAGAGGAAAUUUUAGCAUACUGUAGGUAAGUAAAGAAAAAAUUAAUAUUAUAUUUUUGUAAUAUUAAAUGUAAUAUAAUGUUUUUUGCAAUCCUUGUUUUGAAAAUUCUUUAACUCCACAGAUCAGAUGUUGAUAUUUUAAGACGGUCUUGUAUGAUUUACAGAAAGGAAUUUUUAGAUGUGGGAGGCGUCGAUCCUUUUGAGUAAGUACACAUAAUUUUAGAAAGAGUGUUUUUUCCUGUAAUGAUAGUUAAUUUAGUAUGGAUUUAAAUUGUAAUUUAUUUUAGGUAUGUAACUAUUGCAUCAUCUAGUAUGGCCAUAUUUAGAAGUGGUCAUAUUCAACCAGACACCAUUGCUAUGGUUCCCGUUUCUGGCUACACUACGAAAGUCAAUUACAGUCCCGACUCUAUUAGAUGGUUAGAUUUUUUAGUUAUGAAAGAUAGUAUCAGCAUUAAACAUGCACUCAAUGGAACAGGUGAAGUCAGGAUAGGUGGACAUUUUGUGGAUGGAUUUUGUGAGAGUACAAACACUGUGUAUCAGUAUCAUGUAAGUAAUGAAUCUAAUGAAAUGUAUGAGUCUUUGAAGCUGUAUAUAUUUUUUUAAAAUUUAUGUGUACAUGAUAUUAAUUUUAUUUUAAGGGUUGUUUCUAUCACGGUUGCCUCAGUUGUUUUGAUGGGGAUCAGAUUCAUCCUUUCAAAGGUGUAACGAUGAGAGCUCUACGACAAUCAACUGAAGAGACGACCGAAAAACUACGUGCUCUUGGUUAUGAUGUGAUAGAGUGUUGGGAACAUCAAUUUCGCAAUUUAAAGAAAGAUGAUAGGGAGCUCAAAGAAUUUCUGUUCUCUCACAAGUUAAAAGAUCGCCUUAUUCCCCGAGACGCAUUUUACGGUGGCAGAACCAAUGCUAUCAAACUUUUUCAUGAAGGGAAUGCCAAAUAUGUUGAUUUUACUUCUCUUUAUCCAUGGGUAAUUAUUUGUAACUCCUUUUUUCGUUUAUGUAGUUUUCUGAAUAAUUUUUAUGCAUAAUUUUUUAUGUUUAUGUUUUUUUUAUGUUUAACCUAGGUGAACAAAUAUUGUAAAUAUCCUGUUGGUCAUCCCUCCAUUAUCACUGAAGGUUUCAAGUCAUUGGAAAAUUAUUUUGGGAUUAUGAAGUGUACCAUUCUUCCACCAAGAAAACUGUUCUUACCAGUGCUGCCCUACCGGAGUAAUAAGAAACUAAUGUUUCCACUCUGCAGGACAUGUGUGGAAACACUCCAGCAGAGUCCAUGUAUACAUUCAGAUGUUGAGAGAGAAAUAACUGGGACAUGGGUAACAGAGGAGGUGAAAUUAGCCUUGAAGAAGGGAUAUGAAUUAAAAGAAGUAAGCAUACUUAAUUAAAAAGAAAACUUCCUCUUUAUUACGUUGAAUUAAAAAUAAAAAUAAAUCAUUUCUUUUUUUCAGAUUCACGAAGUUUACCACUUUGAAGAGUCAUCUUCUACGCUCUUUAAGAACUUUAUAGAUUUAUUCUUAAAGAUCAAGCAAGAAUCGAGUGGAUGGCCCGUUGAAUGUAACACUGAAGAGGAGAAAUUAAAGUAUAUUGAA